AUGAAGCUCUCCACUCUUGCCAUCGGCCUUCUCUUGCCUGCAGUCAUCGCCAUGCCGGUCGCCGACUCAAAGGCCGCUGAGCCGAACGUCCUCGGAAAAGCGAUACAGAGCCAUCAAGCCGUACCCUUGCGACGACAAAGCCUUAUGGUAUCAGUUGGGACGGCGGAUAUGGCUAGGUCGGAUUUGGUUGUCAAAGACCAUGUAUUCGAGUGUACUUUUGUCUUGAGUCCUGCAUUCGGUCUGGCUUUGCCCUCCUUUGCCUCACCGGUGACUCUCCGCGAACCCCAUCGUAUCAGCUCGUCGGCGCACCAGUGGGGAGUUCUGCGGUCGCUAGGAGUCCAGAUCGUCCGAGUGUGGACUUCGGCGCAAGGCUGGUCUCAAUUGUGGUUGGCUAGCUGCUUGCGGUGGCCACUCCGGGCACAUGUCGCGGACAUGGUCGUAUUCAAGCCUAUCGAUGACGGCGACUCGUCCACAGCUACUGCUCUGUACGCUGUCAGCACUGCCGGCGACGCUUACGUUUCGGUGCUGUGCAACUUUGCCAAUUGCGCGGCGAGCAAGCUGUUCAUCGUGAACAGCCAGGAGGGUCUGGAUGCGCUGUCGACCAAAGACUCGACGUAUAUUGUUACCGGCGCGACAGUGAGCGACUGCACACCUGUGGGUCUCAUUUAUGGCAGCAGCCAGUCAAGUCCAAGUUCUUGGGCCUGUCUGGGGCAUAGACGGUGA